UCACUUCUAGUUGGAACUCGAAUCGAGGAAGCUUCACUGGUACUUGCGACUCAUAUAUGCAGAUAGGACAUCUAUUGAAUGACCAUGAUAAACGCCCAAGUUCUCCUCCUUGUCGCGGGGCUGUCUUUUGGAAUAGUUCAUGCUCAGCAAUGUUACAGCUGUCUCUCCAUCACAUCGGACGGUGACAUGAGCGCCUUCCCAAGCAUGGAUGCAGGGAUUGCGCCUUGUGACGAGAAUUACGAACAAAGUACCAUGGAUUGCAGCCUACAGGGAGGUUGCCUGAAAGCAAACUACGACUUUGUGUACGACAUUGAGGGCCAGGGUAAUGUCGCAACCGAACUCGUCUUACGGACCUGCGGAGCAGCUGCGGACCAAUGCGAGACCGCCAGCACAGCAGCCAUCAACGCACAACGAGACGCGAUCAAUGCCAUGCUCCCUUCUACCAUUCAGUUCGUCUCCGGGAGCGGGGCUGCGUGCGUGUGCUCGGGCAAUCUCUGCAACAGGGCCCACACAACGACGCUUAGUCUUGGAGCCCUGAUUGCGUCUCUACUCGUGUCUUAUCUCGCUAUGAAACGGUAAAGUGAGAAUGGGUCCAAGCUUUCUUCAAAAUUCUUCAAAAAGUCUACCCCGCUGAAAGGUAGAGCUGAUUAGAUAGACAAAAAUCUAAAAAGCCCAAAUAUAACUUGGUUUUGAAAAAAGGUGCUCAGACUUAUUUUUAAUAAUUUUGAUUAAUGAGCACAAAAAAGAGUUAAUGAUCGAGCCGGACCUGUAUUGCGAGACAUUUUUUGGUGACGAAGGGUCCUUACAACACAGAUUCGUAAUGUAACCAAAUGUAAUGCAUAAAUAUGUGUGAAGUGCCUCGAUACA